GGGCCCAUCGGUCGGCGCGAUGGCGGGCGCCACGAAGAAGGGCCGCAAGGGCCAGGAGCCGGUGACGCGGGACUACACGAUCCACAUGCACAAGCUGCUGCACAAGGUGCAAUUCAAAAAGCGGGCCACCAGGGCGAUCCGCGAGAUCCGCAAGUUCGCAACUCGCGCGAUGUCGACUAAGGACGUGCGCAUCGACACCAAGCUGAACAAGUUCGUCUGGAGCAACGGUAUUCGAAACAUCCCGAAGCGCAUACGAGUGCGCAUGGCCCGCAAGAGGAACGAGGACGAAGAUGCCACCGACAAGACGUUCACGCUGGUCCAGCACGUGCCUGUGGAGAGCUUCAAGAAUCUCCAGACGGAGACAGUUCGUGACGAUUGAGGCAUGGCUUCUUCGAUUCAGCUGCCUGCAGCAAGUCCCGCCAACGUGCCAGCUAAGCAUUCUGAGUGGCGACUGUUCGAGGAGGGCAUUUGAGGCCGUCACGUGUGACACUUCGUGUUCGGGGGCCCCUGAACCGCCGUCUUGGGGGCCAUAUUGUUGACUUCUUGGACGAGGCGCUGUGAAGCCAAAUUGCAACGGCCAAGCACCCCGCGGAGCGUAGCUCGACGCCAGGAGUUGAAGCGCAGGCAGCAGUCUGGCGCUAAUUCUGCAGCGGCGAACCAACCCGCGGAGCGUGUCUCGAUGCCAGGAGUAGAAGCGCGAGCAGCAGCCUGGUACUAAUUAGCCAGUGAGGCGGAA